CGCUGCCAGCGGGUUCACUGCAGUUCAGCUGUUAGCUAACUGCUGUUAGCUAACAGCUGUUAGCACCCUUUAUAUUUAUUAUUCCUGUAUUUCCCGCUGAUAACUUGUGCUCCUGCAGAGAACCAUGUUCCCUCUGGAGCACCGAGACCCUCUGAGUCUUCUCAGGUUCCAUCAGAGGAGGAGAAGCUGCUGUUAAACACACUGAACAUCAGAGGAGCUGCUUCAGGGAAAGACUUUAAAACUAAACUUUAGAAUUAAGAGAAACUUUUCUCUAUACUUCAGCUUUGAACUAAACUCUCACUCCUGCACUUUUAUCAUUUAUCACUUUCUUCUUUUCUGUGGUUCUCAUGUUACUUUAAAUCUGUUCUUAUAUGAAGUACAUUUUAACAUGUUAUGUUCAUUUGAUCUAUAUUGUAUGUGAAGCACCUUUCAGAGGUCAAAGCUGAAUUUAUUGUUUGAAAGGUUUUAUACAAAGUUUAUUAUCAUUACUUUUACUCAGCAGGGGUUGAAAUGUAUUCAGUUACUCAUUAGAAGUAGAGUACUUGUACUUGAGUAUUUCCUUUUCACGACUUUCUUUACUUCUACAUUUACACACAGAUUGUGGUGAAUGGGAUUCUCUGGGAAUAAUUUGAUCAGACUGAAACACUUUCCGUAUAUUUGUGAAUAAGAUGUUUUUGGAGUGUUAACAUAAAAACCAGGUCUGUUUUCAUUCCAGAUGUGAUCCCUGUUGAAGAUUUCUCCUCAAACAGACACGAUGCCAGUGCUGAACAUCUGGGAGCUGUCCAUCCCGCUCCCAGCUGUUCUGAUGAUCACUCUGGGUGUUUACAUGACGGUUCUGGGCAUCGGGCUGUGGAUCCGAUUCUGUCUCAAGUGCUUCAGACUGGCUGAAAUGUGCAACUGUCGCCUGCCAACCAUGCGUUCAUGUCUGGCCGAUUCGUGUCCUGCUCCGACUUGUGCCAAGUGGGACUGUGCCUGCACCUGUCAGCCUCCCGAGUGCGAGUCCUGCAACUGCCUUUGCUUCGAGAUCAGGAUCAAGUAGAAGAAGAGGACUCAGUCGUCAUGUGUCGGAUCACACAGAAGUUCUGCUGUUCUCCAUCUGGAGGCACCUUCUCUGUUUUACAGUAAAUUCAACCUUAAUGUGUUUUUUAUUAUUUCUCAACGUGUCUGAUCUCCUGCCUCCGUCUGUGGCUCCGAGUUCUGGCUCCGUCGAUUUUUAUAUUCUAUUUUUUAAUGUUGUUUUUGUGGAAUUUGUAUCGUCAGACUUUAAUGUUCGAGAAUGUUGUAAAAGAGACUGAAGUUGCUUGUUGCUGUUAUUUCAUACAUUUAUAUUUUUCUUUUUUUCUAAAAGUUGUAUUAAAUUCUGAAAAG